ACAUUCCUACCCCUUAUUCGCUCCAUGGAAUCCUUUCGCCCGGCAAAACAAAAUUAGCUGUCAAAGUCAGCUGAUGACAGAUUGUUGAUGUUUACCUCGACCGGCAGAAUGGAGCUCGUGGGGUCCAAAAUCUCUUAAAAAUUUAAUAAAUAUCCUCAUCCAGUAAUAACAUCGUAGCUGUACUUAACUAAUGUUACUACCGCCAUGCGAUGGCAUCGAAGCAGCUUGUACUGGAUCAAUUAAAAUCGUUCAUCGAAGAGUCUGAAUGUAGAAUAAACCGGAUUUUGCAAAGCGUUGGAUGGAGCAAAGAAAGUGUUCUGAAUUCGAAUGCCACCAAACCCACCGAUAAACUCAACAAGGAGAAAAAUCAAUCAAACACUACCGACACAUUACCGGCUUCUUUUCAACCCUCCGAUAGUCGUUCAUCGAUUCGUUUAGAUAACAUUAAGCAAGCCGAAGCAAUAUUAGAGGAAGUGUACCGUAACCCGUCGUUUGAGUUGGGCGUCCCAUUAGAACACCUGGUGGAUCGUGACCCUCCAUCGAGCAUUGCAGAUUUGCAUGUAAACUUUACACGCGAAGAACGGUUGUCAAUUUGCCAGCAUGUGCUUGCAAACACUACCAAACCACCGGACGUGCCAGAAAUCAAAAUAAGGUUCAAGCAAGAUACACACUCUGAAGAAAAGCCUACUUCGCUGCCCGAAAUAGCUGCUAUCGUGCGAGAUGCACGGAGACGCAAUCCAAAAUACAGAGUGUCCCGCAAUCCUUUGACUUACAGUGAGGAACUGAGAAACGUGAUUCAAGUGCAGACGGACGCUUUGGCACACCAUUUUCGUCAGUCUUCCCGCACUGCUGAAGUGGACGCUAGAGAGGGCAGUCGAAGGGAAUCGAAACAUGUUCGUAAGUCUCGUUCCAAAUCUCCCCUACUAGAUCGUAGCGAUAGAAGCAGAAAGAACGAAACGAACUACGUCCGAAGGUCUCGCUCAAACUCUCCUGCACCUGGCCGUAGCUAUAGGAAGCGAAAUCGACACCGAAGCCGUUCCCGUGACCGUUCCAGGUCAAAAGAAAGGAAACGCCAUAAAUUGGAAAAGAAACACAAGAAAAAGCGCGACCGAUAACGCUCACCGUUUAUUCGCUGUAUUCACCAAUGCAGAGACAAGCGUUGGUGCCACCAAAACCGAACGAGUUUUUCAACGCCACCCGCCGACGGUGCUUCCCCUCCCAUGGUUCGGAGCUGUUCGCCACGUAAUGCAGCCCGGCCAUAUCGUCCGUUACGUUGUGCAGAUUAACGGUGGGUGGAAGCAGACCAUGCCUGCAGGCCAUCACGACGAACAGCGCUUCCAAGUUUCCGGCCGCACCGAGCAAAUGUCCAUGGGCACCCUUCGUCGAUGAAACCGCCACUGACCGUGUGUGCUCCCCGAAAAGUGUCCUUAUCGCACGGGCUUCUAUCGCAUCACCGAUCGGGGUCGAUGUGGCGUGUGCAUUAACGUACCCAAUGUCGGCAACCGUUAGACCACCAUCGGCAAGGGCUCGCUGCAUCGCCAACAGCGCUCCCGUCCCAUCCUCCCGCGGUGCCGUCAGAUGGGACGCAUCGCCAGACAAUCCGUACCCAAGUAUCUCGCCGUAGAUUGGUGCUCCUCGCCGCAGGGCAUGCUGCAGCUCUUCCAGCACGAAAAUGGCCGACCCCUCGCCCAUCACAAAGCCAUCCCGACGCUCGUCGAACGGUCGGGACGAUGCCGUCGGUUCGUCGUUGAACGCCGUGCUGAGCGCUCGCAGCCGACAGAAUCCGGCAAUCCCGAGCGGACUGAUGCAAGCUUCCGCACCGCCACACACCAUCACGUCCGCAUCGCCGUGCUGAAUGAAGCGGAACGCAUCGCCUAUGGCAUGGGCACCCGUAGCACAGGCGGUAGAAACGGCAUGGUUCGGUCCGCGAAACCCGUACCGGAUGCUGAGCUGUCCGGCCGGCAUGUUGGGCAAGAUGCGGGGCACAAAAAAUGGGCUCACCCGGUUGUAUCCCUUCUUGAGCGCUUCGUUCGUCUCGCAAAUGUCCAUCAGAUCUACCAUGCCCAUACCGAUUGCGACACCGGUGCGCUGGCAGGCGGUUUCAUCCUCCACGCCCGGCAUCCAGCUAGCCCUCGAGAGAGCCUCCUUGGCAGCGAUCAACGCAAAGGCGGUAGCGCGUGCCAUCGUUUUGAGUUCGGUUUUGGAGAAACACUUUUCCAGAUCGAUGUCGUUCGUGUCGAUUGUGGCCGCUACGCGGCAGGGAAGCUUGUCGUACGUUUCUCCCACCAGUCGACCAACUUUUGACUGACCGGAGAGGAUCGUUUGCCAGGCCGCUUCCACAUUGCAGCCGACAGGUGAUACUACACCGAGCCCCGUUACCACCACCCGGCGCCGUCCACUGUCUCUGGUGUGUUUCGAGUGUGAUUGGUGAAUAGUUCGCAGCACGUAGGGGAGACUUUUCCGUGCGCGCAGCAAACAGUAGCUGUGAGCGUUUGGUCCCAUCAUGUUACUGUACUGUUCUCGUAAUCAGCCGAGUCUUUGGUAUUAGAGCGAAACAACCUCCAAUCGCAUAGGUAACACGCAACACUAUUACUAUUGUGGGCAAAGAUCUAAGUCAAGCGGUACACAUCUACCUUCAAAAAGUCUGUAGAAACUUGCUGUUUUAUAUUAAAUUGUUUAAAAAUCGUACAAUAUCGUGAAAAUUGGAGUUUGCUGUCGUAAAUGAAAAUAAAAACAACGUACUGUCAUUGCGAUGUCAGCGCAUCGUUGACAGCUGAUUUAACGCACUGACAACAUA